CGAGAAUCCUAACAACCACGACCAGUGACCGAACAAGGCAGAACCGAAAUCACGAAUCCUUUCGAUCUUCACCCUCCUUUUACUCCGCCAUCUCUGCUCGCUCGAAAAGUGAGACGCGUGGAAAAAUGUCGCGCUCAGGCCCACAAGCGUCGGACUCCGCCUCGAAUCCAGACGCAAAGCAAGUAGCGCGAUCAUUGUGGAAAGGUGCUGAUCUGCCGCUAUCGGUGCUGGAGCAGACGAGCAUACACUUUACUGGUCCUCUCCAUCCCCUGCCCAGCUCUUAUCGUAUUGGAGUAGCAGCCCAAGCUUGCAUAGCGGUUGUGGCCCUCGCUGCCCAGCUCUUGCAUCAUCUUCGAGAGAAGAAGAGCAGCAGCAGCAGCGAUGCAUCUCGAGAUGCCGCCGAACGGCUGAAUCUGGACCAUGCCUCGUUCGCACCGAUCACGGUCGAUUCGUUACACGCCUCCUUCGAGUUCAAUUCCGAGAAACAUAUCCGAGUUGCUCCAGGAUGGACAGACACAGUUGCAGACUCUCUGCUAUUGUCGAGCCCCGAAGCGCAAAGACUCGUCAACAUUUGCCCCGAAGCAGCAAAAGAGUGGGACGUUCUAGCAGGCAUCUAUCGUACCAAACCUACGUGCAACAAGAGCUCCUCCACCGCUUCACCUCACGUCCGACUGCACACCAAUUUCCCUCAUCACAAGAGCGGCUUGCUGGAGAUUCUAGGACUGAUGCCCGUGUCAAAGCCCGCUGACAUGGUGCCAUCGAACGUCGAAAAGGAACAAGCGUCCCGAGUCACGCGAGAAGAGGUGCAAGAAGCCCUCUUGCGAUGGGAAGGUCAAGCGUUCGAGAGGAGAGCGAGAGAAGAGAGAAUGUGCGCUACAAUGUUUCGAAGGCAAAAAGAUUGGGAUAGCUGCGAGGUCGGAGGGGCGAUACGCGAAUGGGUGCAAAAAGAUGAAGGCGUUCCGUUUCGCAUCACUGCCAUCUCUUCCCAAGCUGACGACGUGCGAGUGCCAAAAACAUCGGACCCUAAGCGGCACGCAGCUGCACAAGCGGUCCUUCCAACCUCUACGCAUCCCAGUGUCAAUGGUCCUCUACUAGGCCCCACCCCUCACCUACGGGCACUGCGCGUGCUAGACUUGUCCAGAGUGCUAGCAGGCCCUAUAGCAGCGCGCACCCUAGCGCUGCACGGCUCGCAAGUCUUGCAGAUAUCCAGCCAAAACUUGCCAAAUCUUCCUUUGGCAGAACUGGAUACUGCUAGAGGCAAGCGAUGCGCCACGCUCGACUUGAACGAGGCACAAGACCGAGAAAAGUUCAAGCAGUUGAUACAGGGCACAGAUGUCGUCUUGCAAGCUUAUAGACCGGGCUCAAUUGCCUCCAAAGGCUUUUCGCCAUCAGAAGCGCAGCAGCUUCGUCCAGGUAUCGUCUACGCAUCCCUAUCCGCAUACGGUUUCACAGGUCCCUGGUCAAAUGUUCGCGGGUUCGACUCGUUGACGCAGACUGCGUGCGGCAUCAAUCAUGAGGAAGCCCUAUCCUACGCGCGCUAUCGCAAAAGCAACCAACGCGAGGCACAAGGGGAUGUGAAUGCGGAUGUGGAUUCCGGAGCUAUCGAGCCCAGAGCCUUGCCUUGCCAAGCUUUGGACCACGCAGCGGCGUACAUGUUGGCCUUUGGCAUUCUAGCUUCCUUGAUUCGCCACGAGCUGAGCGGUAGCAGCAAAGGUUCGCACGUACAAGUAUCUCUAGCGGGCGUAGCGUACUGGCUCACUUCCCUGGGUCGCGUGCACGGCGACGAAGCAUGGGAAGUCGAUCCUCUUCCCAACGUUGAGGCCUAUUUGCAGGCAAGCAAGAUCCGUUCCGACUCUCGCGCGGAUCAAAAGGGCGAGCAAGUGCGAGCAACACUGUUCGGAGUGGCGCAUGCUGCCAACAUUCAGGGCGUAUCGACUCGUUACGGGGAAGCGCCGGUCAGGAUCGGGAUCGAUGCUGCAGAAUGGGCGGCCUGAAGCAUCUUUCGCCUUUUUUCUUUUCGACGGACGAAGAAGACCGAUGAGGGCUCGUCAAGUCGUGGCAUGAAGCGAUGCGGAGAGCGAUGCGCUCAUCGUGCUUCCAAAGAUUCGUCCCCUUCCGCAGCUUUCUUGACGGGUCUGACGACAACACGAGUACCUCUGACAUCCGUCAACCAAGUGGGCAAUCCUUUGCGAUCACGUCGCGCCGCUCCGGCCUCUUCUUCCGACCUCUUUCCAUCUUUUGCGUUGGCGCUCUUGUCGUCCGCGCCGCUCUGUACCAAUGCUCUCAUCCCCGCGAGAAUGUGAGUGCCCUGUAUCCUGAGUCGUAUGGGCUCUGCACCAGGUCCGGCGAGCGAGACGGGCCGAUAAGGACCCUCCGCGGGCGUAGGUAAAUGCAGCUCGUAGUCUAUCCUUUCGAUGCUAGGUAUAUCCUUGUUUCCCUU